AUGCCUGCAAGAACGCGGAAGGCCCCCGCCUCGACGCAGCAGGUGUGCAUGCUGUGUCGCCGGGCAGAGGCUGACCCGGCUAUCUGCGGGCGAAAGCUGGAAAAGCAAGGCCUCUAUGCCCACGUGUUUUGCCUGCAUUUUGUCAAAGAGCUUUCUAAGGAACAAAAUAGGGGUGGAGUUCGCCUGGAAGAUAUCAGACGUGUGAUCAAGCAGGCGGAACGGAAGCACUGUGUCGUCUGUGGCGAGAGUGGGGCCACCAUCACCUGCCGGGAGACAGGCUGCGACCGCAGUUUCCAUCUUCCCUGUGCUGUGGAGGGUGGAUGCGUCACCCAGUUCUUUGGGCUCUACAGGUCCUUCUGCUGGGAGCACCGCCCGGAGCAGGAAUUGGAGGUGGCUCCGGCACAGGAAACCACUUGCCUCAUCUGCCUGGACCGUGUGGAGGACGGAAAGUCCUACAGCACCAUGGUGUGCCCAGCGUGCAAACAUGCAUGGUUCCACAGAGGCUGCAUCCAGAAUCAGGCUAUCCACGCUAGUGCCUCUGGCUUCCAUUGCCCACAUUGUCGAAAUGAAUACCGAUUCACGAUGGAAAUGCUCACUAUGGGGAUCCGGAUCUUCUUCAGUCCGCCAUCACGGGAGGAGAGACAGAGAUACACAGCACAAAGUGAGAGGCACAUCCGCUGCGACGCCAGGGAGUGCCUCUGCCCAGGAGGCAGGGAGCAGGCAGAGGAAGAGGGGUGA